GUAAGCGCGGAUAAGAAAGAACGACUCAGCCCUAAAGCGCACUGGACACCCGUGUCGCACUAAAAUGUGACUCGAGGUAGAACGGGGAACGUGUACCGUGCCGAAAUUUUCAUUAGUUUAGUAUAUAUAUAUAUAACAAUAUUUAUGAUGCGUACACAUAUAUUAAAAAUCAGGCCAAUAAACAAAUUUUAAUUAUAGAAAAUAAAAAUAAUAAUAAUAAAAUAUACAAAAAUUCGUGCGGUGGAGAAAAGAAAAUAAAUUUUUGACAAAAAAAAAGUCGCGCGAGAAAAUUAUUUACUAAUUCUGUACUGCGAAAAAUAUAUACAUAUCAUUUUAUUGUAGACGAGAGAAUAUAAAAAAAAAAAAUUUCAUUUAUUUUUUUUUUUCUGUAUGUCGCGUGCACAGUUGUUUGUUCUAUAAGUGUUGUGGAUUAAAUGAAAAUCUAGUUUAAUUUUAGAAAAAAAAGAAUGCAAACACCAAUUAUUAAAUUUGAAAAAAAAAAAUAAAUUAAUCGAUUUUAGUUUUUUUUUUUUUGGCUAGAGUGCCAAUAAUUUAUUGUGAGCUGUGAUUUUUUUUUCUGUGUCUCUUUUUUGAAAGCAAAAAAAAAAGAAAAGAAAAAAAAAGGGAAGAAGAAAAAAGGGAAACAGUGCAAGAGGCAAAAACGAAAUUAAGCAAAAUGAAGCUUGAUGUGGAUAGAGAUAAAGCUCUGGAAUUAUUCGGAAAAUUCAUCAGGACAAAAAAUGUUAGCAGUCUUCAAGGUGAACAAAAAACUAGGGCUGGACAAGUAUGUCCUCCAGAAUCUAAGCAGAAAUUACAGAAGUGCCUGACAACACUGGACCUGACAUCCCUUGGAGUGGGAUCUUGCGUAGGAACAGGAAUGUAUUUGGUCGCGGGAAUGGUAGCACGUACUGUGGCUGGGCCUGGGGUUGUGAUUUCGUUUGUCAUUGCAGCUGUGGCCUCAAUUUUUUCCGGAGCCUGUUAUGCCGAAUUUGGUGUCAGAGUGCCUCACACAACUGGCAGCGCGUAUAUGUACAGCUAUGUGACAGUAGGAGAAUUAAUAGCGUUCAUUAUUGGAUGGAACAUGGUACUUGAAUACCUUAUAGGUACGAGUGCGUGUGCCUGUGCGCUUAGCGCUUGUUUGGAUGCCUUGGCGAAUGGUGCCGUUUCCGGAGCCAUAAGCAAUAAUGUUGGUACCAUUUUUGGAGGACCGCCGGAUUUUCUAGCGUUCGUUAUCACGUUGUUAAUGAUGCUGUUAAUGGCAGCAGGAGUUAAAAAAUCUCUCAUGUUUAACAAUGUGUUGAACACUAUAAAUUUGGCCAUUUGGGUCUUCAUUAUGACUGCGGGUCUAUUUUACGUGGAUUCCUCCAACUGGACAGAGCACAAGGGCUUCCUUCCUUAUGGCUGGAGUGGGGUAUUCACUGGCGCUGCCACUUGUUUUUAUGCCUUCAUUGGAUUCGACAUAAUAGCCACAACCGGAGAAGAAGCAACGAAUCCAAAAAGAAGCAUCCCUCUAGCUAUAGUAUCAUCAUUGCUCAUCAUACUCAUCGCAUACGUCACCAGCAGUAUGAUAUUAACAUUGAUUGUUCCUUAUGAAGAGGUGGAUCAAGACUCGGCAUUGGUGGAAAUGUUUGGCCACGUUGGUGCUAAUAAAUGCAAAUACAUUGUUGCUGUCGGCGCUCUUGCCGGAUUAACUGUUUCCAUGUUUGGAAGUAUGUUUCCAAUGCCUAGAAUAGUUUACGCUAUGGCUCAAGAUGGACUGAUUUUUCGAUCCUUGAGCCAAGUGUGGCCCGUGACAGGGACUCCUGCCUUAGCCACCUUUACUUCGGGAAUAUGCGCUGCUUUUGCAGCAUUAUUAAUUAAACUGGAAGUUUUGGUGGAGAUGAUGUCGAUUGGUACUUUGUUGGCCUACACUUUAGUGUCUACUUGCGUCCUGAUAUUGCGAUAUCAACCUCACACCACAAAUUUGAUUGAGCUUCUCCCACAAAGUUUACGAACACCUUGCCGUACUCCGACAAAGGAAACACAGGGCAAUGGUCAAGUUAAUUAUGGGAAAGAGUUGAGACCGGAUCAGCUUUCCACCGCCUUGAACACAGUUCAGGUAUCUCAAUCAGAAGUCGUCGCAAGUAAUAAUGGCCAACGUGUCAUGGUUCGACGUGUUAGACGAGCUAAUAGUUCAUCGCCUGAUUCAGAUGACACUUAUGGAGGUGAAGAGGAUGAAAUUGGUUUGGGCAAAGAUGACCAAUAUUUGGUCAGCGAUCGUACUGAGAAUAAAUUUUAUGGAAGUGUUCAUGCUGCUACUGCAGCAGGAUCUAGUUGUGGUAGUGCACAUCAAUAUCCCGGAAACACGCCCAUCAUAGGGCCACCAUUAAAUUAUUUGCAACGCAAAUUACAGGACGCUCAAUACCUGUGUCCAGGCAUAUUCCCUUGGGUGGACAGGGGACCUGCAACCGAAGCAACGGGUCGAUAUGUCAUGAAGUUGGUCGGAAUUUUGUAUUUACUCAUUUUAAUUUUCGACCUGAUAAUAGUCUGUGGUAUGGGUAACAUGGGAACGUUUACCACAAUUUUGAUGUUUGGAUUUCUGUUCGGAAUCAUUGGAGUACUUUUAAUUAUCAGUAGAAAACCGCAAAACAGACAUUCCCUGAUGUUUAAGACCCCAGGAUUGCCAUUUGUGCCAGCCAUUGCCGUCACGGUGAACAUUUAUCUAAUAUUCAAACUCAGUGUAUUGACAUUAGUAAGAUUCACAAUUUGGAUGACACUUGGUUUUAUCAUGUACUUUUACUAUGGCAUUAAGCAUAGUUCGUUGGAAGAAGGUAACAAAACGGACAGUAUGGAUGAUGGAGGUGCUGAAACUGCUGGUAAUAUUGAGCUCACCGUUACAGAGCAUACAAAACCACAAUCAUCCUAUCCUGUACAAGAUCGUAAUAUUUACGAAGGCCAACAACUCGAUGUAUUUGGUCAACCAGUAUUUGGUAGUACGAAUUUUGGGGGCACGCCUAACCAUAAUGCAUCCCAAUCACAAACGAGAAAUUUGUUUAUACCACAAGACAGUUUUCCCACUUGGGAUGAUUGAAGAUAAAAAAAAAAAAAAAAAAUUCCAUUCAAUAUCGCGCGAUUAAAAUAUGAAUUUCGAAAUUUUAGACUCAUUUUGGAAAUUGCAGAUUUAAAUGCCAUGAAAUUUUCUUUAUCUUCGGAUAUUUAAAAAUCCGAAAAAAAUUACAAUUUUUUACUUUUUAAAAUUGCGAUUCGAGUGUAAUAAUUGGGUUUUAAUGGAAUACAAAAAUUUAAUAUAUCUAUAGUAUAAGGGGGAUGAAAUAUUUUUUAUAAAUAAAAGAAAUAUAUAAAUAAUACAAAAUAUAUAUACGAAAGCAUAAUCAAUUUAUACGUUUCGUUUAUUUAAAAAAAAAAACGGUGAUACUCUCUCUGUAAAUCUGAGUUAUAAAAAUAACUUGUAAAAUCGUAAAUUUACUAUAAAAAUUAGUUAUUUUUAACAAAUUCAGAUUUAGAGAGCUCAUGACAAUAUAUCGAAAAAUGAAAAACAGAGGGAUCAAAUUUACUACAUACAUAUCAUUUUAAUAAUAAUUUUUUUUUUUUUUCCUUAAUAUGUUACUGCAAAAUUGGUGUUUUAAUAAAAAUUAAUAAACAUAUUCAUACGAAUCGCAAUUUUGAAAAAUUCUUUUCUCUUCCACAAUUUUUUUGAAAGUUAUUUAUGAACCUCGCGCUUCCAAUAAAAACUAUAAUAUUGAGUAUAUUAAAAAAGAAUUUAGGAAAAUAUCUGCAAUUUUCCGAAACGAAAUUCGUUCUUGUUGAAUAAUACUGUUUGGGGAAAAAAUUUAGCGAAUAAUUUUUCGGCAAUAUUAGUACCAUAGUGUGUUGUUGUUAUGGGAAAAAAAAAAGUAUUCUAAUAAAAAACAAUGGGAAUUUUGAAAAAUACACACAUUAAAAUCUCUUUUCUAUAGACACUAAAUAAUAUAAAAGCUUUGAACGAAAAAUAAAAUUGUUUUAUUGUUGAAAAAAUAUUAUAAGGAAAACGUUGAUCGAGUUUUUCCUGAAGAGAGAGAAAGAGAGAGAGAGAGAAAGAGAAAAAGGAAUUAAACGGAUGGAAGAGACCACUUUAGUUUAUAAGAUAAAAAAAAACUUGUGUUUCGCACGCGAACAUUUUUAGAGAAUAAAGAAAAAAUUCUAUAAAUUUUAGUGUAUCGAGGAAGUAUGAAUGAAAAAAAUGCAAUAUUAAAAAAAAUUGAGAAUGCAGAGAGAAAGAAAUCGAGUAUAAAUGUAUGUGUGUGUGAGAGAAAAAUUCGAACGCAGGAAUAUUCAAUGAUCUUGCCUAAAAAAAAUUUUUAGUCUUUCCAAAAAAAAAAAAAAAAAAAAAAUUAGUCAUUAUAACCCUAAAAAUCUAUAAGCUCACUGUAAUAUUUAUCUACGUCUUACCUCCCUUAUAAAUCGUAUAUAAUUGUUAUUUUACACCAUUUGUAUAUUCGUUCCCUUGUAAACUAUAUUAGAAUCGCAUAUAUAUAAAAAAAAUCCUUAAAAAAAACAGAACACAAAAACUAAUUUUUUCAUUUAAUAAUGAAUGUCUGUAGAUAUUUUUCCAAAUGUAAUUAAUAAUUUCGCUGUGCUUCGUUUUGUAAUCACUGAGACAUAUCCAGGGAUAAAAAAAAACUCGUCUUCCUCUCUAUUUUAUAAUUUUAUAUUUUUUUCUCAAUUAAUUUUUUUUUAUAUUCAUUUUUAAAAUUUCGAAAAAAAUUUUUUCAACCUUUUUAAAAAAUUAAACUUCCAUUUGAGAAAAAUUAAUUUCUAUAUUAAUUUUUCUCUUCUAUUAUAGAGAUUAAUUUCUUACGGACAAAAUAAAAAAAAAAAAAAUACAAUGCAUUCAUAAAUAAUCCUGGAUACGUUUCUAUAUAUGUAUAUUCGAAUAUAUUGUGAAUUUGAUUCGAAGUCGAGUCACGAAUUUAUAUUCAUAGAAUCCUUCAAUAUUAAUUUUCCACAUAAAUAUUCCAUCGGCGGGAACGAUGGUCGAUAUUUCAAGAUUUUGCUUUAAAAUAUUUUUGAAAAUUCACUAAUUCCAUUUUUGCUGCGUGCGCAAGAUAUAAAAAGUUUUAAACAUUCAAAUGAAAGAAAAACAAAUAAAAAAAAAUAAUAAAUACAUUUUUUAACUCAAAUUAAUUAGAAACCAAAAAAAAAUUGUUCAUUUCAUUUAAAUGUUUGAAAUUCAAAGAGGGAAAAAAAAAAAUGAGUUGUGGAACUGUUGAACAGUAGCGAUAGAAUUAAUUAUGUGUAUACGUGCGUGAGUCGCGCAACGUAAUUAUAAUAAUUUAAUAUAUUUUUUUUUUAAAUUAAAAAAUAUCGAUAAUUAAUUUUAUUAAAAACCAAGCAUUUUAUAUUUAUUUAUUAUUUAUUUAUUUAUUAUUUUAAUUUAUUAUUUCUUUAUUAAAUUAUUUAUAAUUAUUUAUAAAAUUAUUUAUUGAAAAAAUUAUUUUUAAUUUGCGUCUCACGUACGCGCAUACUUCGAAGCGCUACCUGAUGUAAUGUAUGUAUUGCGAAUUUAUAUAUUGUUAAAUAUUUUGAAUGCACAUUUUAAUUUAACGAAAGAUAAAAAUUUACAUCAAUAGAAGCUACAAAAAGAUUAACGA